CCACCUAUUCGUGAAUCACUAUCCCUCUGAACUCUGAAGCAAAGUACAAAAUCACCAAACCAAAACCCUAGGUUCUCCCUGCAACGGUUCUGCUGCAGUGCCGCCGCCGUCCGUGCUGUCUGCUUCUCCGCGCCCUCUCUUGUAACCCAGGCCCUCUCUUGUAGCUCGGCGUCCUCCUUCCCCCUGUCCCCGUCCUCCCUGGCUUCUCUGUUCGAGGUUGGAGCAGCUCGCCGUCCGUGUCUCCGUCGAAGAACUGAGAAGGAAAAUGGCAAUCUGAACCAGCAAACGGAUUUCCGCAGUGUCAGCGCGUGCUCACACUCGCAGGAACAAGAAAACUAACUCUUUUUCUGCCCUCUGGAAAUUAUCUAGAUGGUUGCUGUUCUACUUGGAGCAAUCACAUUUGGCCUUGGGACUUGGCAGAUUUUUCAGGAGACAAGAUAAGUCGGCCAGAUCCUGUUGAUGCUUCGCCAUGCUCCAUUCCCAAGCUCCCAUGGCCGCUUCCAGUGUUCCCCCAUAUGGCUUCUACAUACUCGGCAGAAAUCAAGUGGGGGAAGCAGGCCCAAGAAGAAGGUCUACCACCGGGUUUCUGAUCUCGACAGGGUGAUGGAGCUUCGUAAGAAGCCCUCCCUCAUUCUUGAGCUCUCCUCCAUCAUCCAAUCCCACAAGACCCAGUCCCUCCUCCUCCGGGACCUUGAGAAGAACGUUGGCUUUGUCCGCAAAUGGGACUUCAUGGCCCUCAUUGAAAGGUACCCGACCAUCUUCCGUGUCUCCGGAUCACCUCCUUCCGUGUCCCUCACCCUUAAGGCCCAGAGCGUUGCCCAGGAGGAAGCCCAAGCCAAGGCCCUGAUGGAGCCCCUCUUGGUUAAUAAUCUUAGGAAGUUGCUGAUGCUGUCUGUUGAUUGCCGGGUACCCCUGCAGACUCUCGAGUUUGUUGGGCCUGAAUUGGGCUUGCCCUGUGAUUUCAGGGAGUCUUUGGUUCCUAAGUACCCUCAUUUUUUUUCAGUGAAGCGUGUUGCUGGGAAGGAUUGCCUUGAGUUGGAGGAUUGGGACUCCUCAUUAGCUGUCACUGCCAGGGAAGCUAGGUUGGCACAGGAAGGAGUUCUGAGCGCGAACCAAAGUGGGGUUCGGAUAAAAGUGAGGAUUUCAAAAGAUGGCAACUAUAUGGGUCCCUUUGCUUUCAAAAUGAAUUUCCCUCCUGGUUUUAGGCCGAACGUUAGUUACCUUGAGAAUCUUGAGAGGUGGCAGAGGAUGGAUUUUCCUUCUCCUUACUUGAAUGCAAGGAGGCUUGACCCUACUGCUCCGGAAACCCGAAAGCGUGCUGUAGCUGUGAUUCAUGAGCUCCUUAGCUUGACCAUGGAGAAAAGGAUGACAUCUGCGCAGCUGGAUGCGUUUCAGGCCGAGUGUCGUUUGCCGUCUAAGUUGCUGCUUUGCUUGAUAAAGCAUCAUGGGAUAUUUUACCUUACAAAUAAAGGUGUGAGAAGUACGGUCUUCCUCAAAGAUGCAUACCUUGGUUCAAACUUGAUAGAUAAGUGUCCUUUGUUACGGUUUAAUGAUAAGUUUGUGGCCCUCUCUGGUAGAACAAAUAUGGAUCUGUGCAACAGCAACAGUUCUAUAGGGGCCAUUGUUUAGUAGUUUUUUUGGUUGUCCACGGUAUCUCUCAAACCGACAGGGCAAUGAAUAAUCCGCUGCGGAUUGAAGCUCCAUUUAAUAUUUUGCUACUUGCCAAUGAGUUGUCAUAUGCAUAAGACAAGAUUGAAACUUUUCAACACUUAAGCAGACUAGUGAACUAACUAUUAAACCAACCUAAGUUUUAUUUUUUGGACAGGAGUUAGUUCCAUUGUUUAGAAGUUGAGUUUGGAUUUUCAGAAAGCACAAAUAUUGCAUCUGUACCUAUUUGAGAAAGGAUGUAGAAACUAACAUUGAAAUUUAUAUGUUGUAGCAAAAAAGAUCAAAUUACAGUAUUCCUCUUAUAACAUUA